UAGAGACAUGUUUAAAAACAAAAAAUAUUUUCAACUUGUCGGAUUUAUUCCAUUAAAAAAAAAAAAAAGUAAAGAAAACGAUUUAAAAAUAAACAUAGUUGUAGGAAGCAUCUGUUGUUUGAAUAAGUUGAUUAAAAGUUAAUUUUGUAUGAUGGCCGAAUAUUGUGGUCUGUUUUUGAUACUGCUUUUACAUUUUCACAUAGUGAAAGGAUACAUACCAGGAGCUGUUGCUUCUUCAACUGGUUUUUAUAUAGAAUAUGGCAUAAUCGGAAAAUAUGAAUCGCCAUCUGUUGAAGAUUGCUUGAGCAAAUGUGCAAGUGCGGUUAAUUGUAAAUCUUUUUGCGUCUCAAUCGUCUUGAAGCUCUGCUAUUUGAACAAUGUAAUAAAAGAUGAUGUUCCGUCAUUAAUUUAUUUUAUAACUCCCGAUUCAUUCACGACAACGCUCAUAAAAGAUGCGAGUUUUGUUUACUAUGAAAUGAUAUUGCCUGAAACAUAAAAAAAUAUGGUCAGCGUAAUGCCAAAUUUUAUAUCUUGCAAUCUAAAAACAUUCGUUAUUAUUCUCAUCAUUUGUAAAUCAUGUUUCAACUUUUUGUACAAGAGUGAUUGUUUUAAGAUUAAUUAAUGAAAUGUAAACUGUAAUUUUUGGAAAA